UAUGCUACAUACAUUCAGCGGUUGUUAGCAUAAACAACAUGGCUACUAAAGUAGAAAGAAGAGACAAGUAUUCUGGAGACAAACAUAAAUGUAUAAGAGAAGGAGUCGGAUCCUAUGAAUAUGACAACAAAUUCUUCAAAUAUGAAGGACAGUGGAAAAAUGGCAAAAAACAUGGAACUGGUAAGCUGACGUUCCAAGAUGGCAGCUAUUACGAGGGGACAUUUGUUGGGGGUGAAAUUACGGGUUUCGGAACUCGGUACUUUGCUGUGUCAGGCUGCAAGUAUCAGGGCCAGUUUGUGAAGGGAGAGUUUCAUGGGAAGGGCAGAAUGCUGUGGCCCGAUGGGUCCAUUUACGAAGGCCAGUGGGAGAACAAUAGACGACAAGGUUUUGGUGUGAUGAAGUCUGUUAAAGAGAACUGUAUGUACAAAGGGUCCUAUGUGAUGAAUAAGCGCCAAGGACAGGGUACCAUGAUCUACCCUUUGAGCUGUCUAAAAUCACUGCAAAGUAAAGGGGACCGCUAUGAUGGGGACUGGCUGAAUGACAUGAGAAAUGGAGAUGGGGAUAUGAAAUUUGUAGAUGGAACUGUAUACGAGGGUCAGUUCGUAGAUGACAGUUUCAACGGUGAAGGUGUGAUGCGUCAUUGCUCAGGUCUGAUGUACAGAGGAUUGUGGUUUAAUGGCAACCCUACAGUGCUUCCAUCACGCAUUGUGAUCAUCACCUCUACUGGAAAAGACUGCAUUGAAGUUGUUCAGGGUCAGCCCUUCAAUAUCAGCAUACAGUGUGUGGAUUCAAAUGGGACAAUUAUUGAAGCUGACUCUGGUCGAGAGAUUCGUAUCUCAGCAGGGUUCAAACACCUUCAGGCCAAGAAAGGCACUGCCAUAUUUGAUUUGAUAGAAGAGUAUGAGGAGAAACCCAUGAACACUCCCUAUUAUCCAGUCCUUCAGUACCCACUGACAGAUUUCCUGGCAGAGGAGGAGAAGGCAGAAGAAGAUCUGAAAGAAGAGAAUGAUGAUACAUUUGAUGACCAAGAACCAGCAAGAUCAGCUGAAGAUGACCCCAAGGACACUCCGUCCCUGGAGGAGGGAGGGGAGGGGAAGGGGGAGACAGAGGGGGAGGGUGGGGAGCAGCCCAACACACCUGGGGACCGACUUCCCACAGCAGGAGAGGGGACCCUGGAAAGGCAGAACAGCAUAAUAUCUAUAGCAGAGACCACCAUUUCAAUGGCACCAGAAGCAGUUGACACAAAGGAUUCAAGGCCACUACCCCCGCCUGUAGCCAACAAGCGUACGGAGAAGGGCCUAUGUGAGUGGACGAACAUCAUGCUGGCCCCUGCUCCGCCUCGCUUCCCUCCCUUUGUUGCCAUGGAUGAGGAGGAGAGAAAAAUACGGGCCCGCCAAGACAAGCAAGAUGGUUUAAAGAACAGAAAGCAACGAAGUGUGAUUGGAUUGAUUGAAGCUAAACGGAUGAAGAGACUUUUACCUGAUGAACGGUUUGCAAGAAUCGGUGAAUACGUACUGAUGAUACAUGACAUCACCUCACCCCCCUUCAUGGAACAGACACUUGAGCCAGCAUUUAUACUUGUAAAGCAUUUGAGGCCAAAGAGAGAAAAGAAGCCUAAGGAAGUUAAACCAAAGGAUAUUGUAUCCAUGGCAACCUCAUGAUUUUGAGUCAUAUUGAUGACAGUGGUGGGAUACAUCAAAGUUCAUUGAGCAAGGCAUGGUGCGCAGCUGAACUACGGAAGUGCCCCUAAGCACUUGAACAUUAGCCUGGUAGAUAGAGUCAUCAAAUCUCAUCUCAUCUCAUCUUCAACGCCUCAGCUGUGUGGGAAAGUUGUAAAGAUGUCUGCAGUGGAGUUAAUGGGUUUUUCAUAAAAACUCACUAUUUCAUGAAUUGUGAACUGAUUAUAUUCAAAUAAGCUCUAUUUUUAGUAUUAUGUUUUUUAUUCGUAUUUGAUGGAUUUUUAGCUCACCUGAUUUGGAAGUGCUCAAAGGUGAGCUUUUGUGGUCCGGUGUCAAUUAUUACUAAAAAAUAAUUACUCUGUGUGUUUGUUUAUGCAGUUUCCUUACAUUAAUGUAUAACUUUUUAAUUUGUAAGAUCUUUUUUGAGAAAAAUGGUAAAUUAAAAAAAAAAAGUUGCUUGAGCGGAUUUUGACAAAAUUUAAUAGAGUAUAUUUUGAUUAGAUUAUAUUACUGUCAGUGGGCAGGGCAUUUUCCUUAAUUGGCUAUGGAAAUAAGUUAUCCAUGAUCAUGUUUGCGACCAUUAACUUCAGUGAUCUUUUUACCAGCUAUAUUUACUUUUGAAGUUGAAUUUGUGAUUCCAUAAUGCCAGGUGAGCAACCAGGGCCAUCAUUAUUAUAUUACAAUUUCUGUUCUUCAUUAUCUAGCAUUUCCAAAUAUGUUGAAGUAAACAUUAGUGAUUUUGAUUUGAUUUUAUAUGAGAAAAAUAUAAGUGUAAUCUUAUAGCUGCUCUGUCACAGUAAUGAGGUUGUAAUCAGCUUGUAAUUUUGAACUUUUCUGUUAGCAAGUGGACUCCAGAAGUCAAAUUGAUUGAUUCUUUUUGACCACAUGAUAAUUAAACUACAACAACCGAAUAGUUCUAAAGACUGAAAGCGCCUUGAGAUGCUGUUUAAAUUGACCUUUAAGAAUUUGUUGACUUGACUUAACCUGGAAGUUCGGAACUUUAAUAAUGUGUCAACCAUGUUAUUUCAAGCAAUUCAUUUCAUGGUAUAUUGUUUUUUAUUAAUUUUAAACAAUAUUUUUUAUUUGUGACAUUUUCCUAAUCUGUGACAUGGCAGCUUUUAACUGUUGCUAAAAUUUUCAAGACAUGUUAAUUUUGUUUAAAAUCCUUGAUUGUAUGUUCAUGCUUAUUCAGCAUAGCUGUUUGUUCCAUGUUACGACCUGUCUAAAAUGCCAAUGGAAAGACCAUAAUGAAUAAUUUCUAAAAUUUCAUUUCAAACUUUACAUUUGACAGUUCAUUUUUCAUUUAGUUAUGUUAUUUUCCAUAAAAUGAAAUUGUUAAAUGUUAUUUACAAUUUUCUUUCCACCUCUAAAUUAAGCUAAGAAGCCAGUGUUUGGAAUGCCGUUCUUUUAUCACUGAACUCAGUAGGCCAUGCCGCGUUGAUUACUGCCAUGCCAGUGGCAGAUAUACAUUUAUAAACUAUCAGUUCUUAAAAUGGCACAAAAGCAUAAUGAUUGAUACAGCUGCUUUGUGUGUACUGAAUGCAUUUUGAAUUUGAUUCUGGACUAUUUACUAAAUAUACUUAUUGAUUUAAUUCUGAAACAUUUUCAAACAUUUAUUGUUCAUGAUUUUGUUUCAUAAAUUGUGUCCGAUACAAUUUCCCCAGUGAGAUCGUUUAACGGUAUGUUAAGAAUGAUGUCUUACAGUUCAUUCUAACUUCAUUGAGACUGACCAUGUAAUUGCAUGCUAUUGCCAGUUUCGAAAUUAUCAUUGGCUCGAAAUAUAUAUAUAUAUUAGGGAUGGGAACGAAUACUGGAAACAAUAUUCGAAUAUUCGUGACCGUCCGGAGCAAACUAUUCCUGAUUGCCACAAAUGCCACUGUAAAUCGUAUCUUAUGUGCAGCUUUGAAAAACAGGAUCGAGUAAUAUUUUUUUUAAAGAUCAUUGAUUAUUAUGCUCUUUUUUAAAAUAAAUACUGUUUAGUUUCAUUAGACGUAAGAUAUUUCAGAAAAGCACAUAACCGUAAUUUUUUAAUUUAUUUCAAUACUUAUAAUUGAUCUGGAUUACUUUCCAUCGAUAAUAUUUAUGCUUUUGGUUUCGCUUUUUUUUCUGGAAUAAAGAACCAUUUAAGCACGAUUGAAUUGCUUUAUAUUUGAGAAACUUAAUUCUGAUUAGAUAAUCAUUGAUUUGCAUAUAUGGUUAACGGAAUUAAAACAUACAUACCAGAUCUCGACAGGACAGUCCCGCCAGUUUGGUGAUUGUUCCAGCGUCCCGAUAUGAGACAAUUUGUCAAGAUAUUUGUUAAAACGUUCUAUAAAUUCACAAUAAAAUUCGCUAUUCAAGCUCUGUCUGGCUAAAAGUGACCAUCGCUAUAUAUAUAAUCCCUUAUUGCCCCCUAUUGACAACCAACUUCUACUUCUCGAGUGCAACAUUACCGGUAUGUAAGGCGUAGACAGCUCUGUUAGACAGAAUUUAAGAUUAAAGGUUAACCAAUCGCGAGAAAAAAUCAGCAUUUUCAAAGCUUAAACAAUGUUCUGUUCUCUGUACUCUUCGAUAUGCAUAAGGUAUAGAAGGCUAAGUGAACAAAGCAAUAAGUAGACUUAUCAACUAAGUAAGAAUUACAUUAAAUAAAGCUUAAUUGAAACAUAAUUUAAGUGAUGUACAUAUAUUAAUUCGGAAACUUGAAACGAAUGAAGUUAUCAUUUUAAGUCCCCAAUAUUUAAUGCUUAAUGUCAUGAACAGUAAAUACAUAUUAGCUAUUUAAAUACAAACUUCAAUAAUUUGAUACUCAAUGCAAGUGAUUUCGUUCCAAAUAAUUAUUUUAUGUCUAUUUUACUCAUCUCAUAUUUCAAAUAAAGAUUCUAUCUCUCAAAACGCAGUGUUGCGAAACUGACACUUUUAUUGCGUCAAACUUUAUACAGCCGGGAUUCGAUCAUAAAUUUCGUGAAAUUAUGUACAAAAGCAUAAAACUUUAUUCACCCGGGAUUCGAUAAUAAAUUUUGUGACAACAUAUUUUUAAAAAUAUGUGUUCGUUUCGUUGUUUUGCUUCGUUGCACCCUACUUCGGUCCAUGUGAGUUACUGUGUCGCUAAUGUAGACUAACCACAAUAGUUAUAUUACCCCGAUAAAUUUAUGAGUUUUGCCAUUCAAUGCGUACACAUCAAAGCCCCAUUAACAAUCAAAAUCAAUGAAUAUUUAGUUAAUUAUGUCGUAAAAUAAAGUUAACCCAUACAAAAUCAGUGUUCCGUAUAUAAUAGCCAUAAUUUCAACGCUAGAUGUGGUCUGGUAACUUGUAAAUGUAUUUUAUAAAAUCUAUGUUACCAGACCACAUAUAGAGUUCACAUUUUGGCUAUUGCUUUAGGGAACAAUGAUUUUGUAUGGGUCAACUUUAUUUUACGAAAUAUUUGUUGAUUUUGAGUGUUAAUGGGGCUUUAAAUAAUGUAUUGUACCAAGUUUCGGACUACAACGAGCAUGGUGUCCAUUAGUUAUUAGGUAAAGAGUGGCCUCUUUGGUUUGCUUUGAGUUUAUGAAGAUUUUCUUUCAUUAAGUUCUUAAAAACGUCCACCUCUCGGUCACUAAAGGGUUUAGCCCAUUUUUCGCUUAUUUCUUUUGUGACAGAGUCAGAGGCCAUAUUGGACAAUGUUCAUCUGACAAAUUGCGCGAAAACGACGUCAUUUUCAGGGCUGCAUUGUUGGUAAUUUUACUCUGGUAAGUUAACAAAUUUCAAUGGUUAGGUUACAACGAAGUAACCAUCGUUUAUACAAAUACACUUAUCUUGCGGUAAGAUAACCAUGUAAAUAACUGCGUUAAUCAAGUUACUAAUAUUAAUAUUAACCACUGUUUAUACAAUUGACCGCUGAGGUUUAAAACCUGUCAAAUUAGACCUGUUAAAUGUUUAUCAAUAUACGUAAAUGCUUUACAUAAAUUUACUUUCAUUUUCGACUGAUUUUCAGAAAAUAGUUUGUACAUAUUGCAUAACUAUGAAUUAAUAGUAAAUCGACGAUUGGUCCCUCUUCUUGUACCAUCCCGUCGGCCAAUUAUCAUCUCGUUCAUUGAUGGAAGCUGUUAUCAAAGCAAUGACUUAUAAUGGAGACCAAAACUGCGACUUUGUACAUGUACUUGUAACUUUUUGGAAGUAUAUUUGCAUACAAAUAGAAUAUUCAAAUAUGAAUUUUGGAUACGAAUAUUCGGCCGAUUUUCGAAUAUUCGGUCCCAUCCCUAAUAUAUAUACAUAUCCAUGCAAAUCAACUUGCCAUAAAUAUGUUAAAUUUUAGACCUGUGCAUUUCUCUAACUUACUACAUGUAUUUAAGUUUGAGUUAAUAUAAGGUUUUGCCGUACACAAACUUUGGUCUCAGGUUUAUAUAUACUAUCAUGAAUCAUUUCAAUAAUGUUAAAUACAUUAUUUUAAGAUCAUUGACUAAUUCUGUAUAGAAUAAGGAAGUUUUAGCACAUUCUUUUCCAUAAGUAUUUUUUUAAAUGUAUUUGUCAGAGGCAGUAAGUUUAAUUUAUUGUAUUGCUUGUGGUUAUAUAAUUAAUAUUCAUACGCUGAAAACCUUUUUCAACAUUAUUUCUUGUCCGUAUUAAGUUGGUUUAUCUUGAAGAUAUUAAGUUUUCGAAUGUCUCCCUUAUUUUGUAUUUUCUUCAAGUAAGUGUGCAUAUUACUAAUACAUAAUUGCUAUUUGGUCUGCUGUUUAGGAUAUGGGAUCACUAGUUGAUAUACAUGUAUAACAGUUAAUAUGCAUAUGCAUGGCAUUUAAUAUUCUGAUAUCAAGACUGAGAUUUGUAAAAUGUUUAUUCAAAUAUGUAAAACUUUGGAGAUUUCAAAGUAUUUUGUUGCCCAACAAGACAAAAUAGAUCAGCUUAACCAUUUACCACUUAGAUAUUUGUCUUGUUCUGAGAAAACUGGGCUUAAUUCAUGUGCGUAAAGUGUUGUCCCAGAUUAGCCUGUGCAGUCCGCACAGGCUAAUCAGUGACAACACUUUCUGCUUUAAUGGUAUUUUUAGUUUGAAGGAAGUCCCUUCUUACCGAAAAUCAAGUUUAAGCGGAAAGUGUCGUCCCUGAUAAGCCUGUGCGGACUGCACAGGCUAAUCUGGGACGACACUUUACGCACAUGCAUUAUGACCAGCUUUCACAGAACAAGACACAUAUGUAUUUUUACACAUUUGUUGUCCCAUAGAAAGUUAAAUUUAAUUAAAGACCUUUCUUACUAGAUUCAAGUUUUACAUUUUCAUUUCCAUACCUGACUGAUGAGCAGCAAACAGCAUUAAACCUGAACAGACUGUUUCUCGCAGGCUGUUCUGGUUUUAUGCUGUUUGCACAUAGCAAUUUUCACUUUGCCUCUGAGUGGUGAAGGAUAAAUAUCUAUCUUUUACAUAUAAUUUGUUCUUUACCGUUAACUACCGUUCAUCUAUGUUAAUUUAGUUUUAUUGUUUGUACUGUACAUAAGCAUAUUUGCAUACAUAUUUCAGUUUAUUAACAGUCAUUAUUGUUAUUCAAAUUUUGAAACUGCUGUUAAUUUUUAUUUUAGAUUCAUAAUUGUUUUAUACUUUAUUUGGCAUUAUGUGAUAUUUUUUGCAUUCUGUGAUAAGACUAUUGACUUUUUAUACACAAAGAGUUGAUUUAAAGAUUUGAAUGAUAUGGUGAAAAUUACAAUAUAUUAACAAUAAAAGUGAAUCAAAAAUUAAA